AUGCUCAAUUGCGAGGAAAAGGACCCCAAUAUGGAGAACCGACCCUAUCGAUCUUUGGCCGGAUCUCUCCUAUAUGUAGCAACAGGUGCAAGGCCCGAUAUUGCAUUUGCAGUGGGUCGCCUGAGUCGACAUUUGAAAAAACCAAGUGAAGAACACUGGAACGCAGCCAUUCGUGUGCUGCGCUACCUAAAGUCAACUGCAACGCACGGAAUUUGCUAUCGUAGCAAGCCCGGUGGCCUCAAGCUGAGUGCAUUUAGCAACACAGAUUGGGGGAGUGACAAGGAUAAUCGACAUUCGACAUCAGGAGUUAUGGUGAUGGUCAAUGACUCUCUAGUCAUAUUCAAGUCGAAGCUUCAAAGCAGUGUAUCACUAAGCACUGCUGAAGCUGAAUGUGUGGCACUUUCGUUGUGUAUUCACGAUAUAAUGUGUACCAAGAGUUUAUUGAUGAAGAUGAAGGUCAAGAUUGACGCUCCAGUCAUCGUGUAUGAAGACAACCAAAGUGGGAUUGCUAUUGCGAAAAUUAAAGGAUGUCAAAGUCGAGCGAGGCACAUUGAUAUUCGCUAUUAUUUUGUUCGCGAUCGAGUCAAGGCCAAAAUGAUUCAGCUGGAGCAUAUUGAAACUAAGUUUCAGCUCGCCGAUUUUCUGACGAAGGCGAUUUCGACCAGCAAGUUCCAGUCUCUCGUGGCAAAGACAAGCGUUGGAGACUUCUAG